UAUAACGCUUGCAUAUAGCAGUGCUCCGUCCCGAAACCCUAAUUAAACCCUCUUUUCCCCGAACGGCUCUCUCCGGCUUCUUCAACCCUUUCAAUGGCGUUCUUCUCGAGCAUUCGGAAUGCGCUCGCGAGGUCCUCCGCGUCUCCAUCAGCUUUCCUAUCCCAGCCCUGUUUGAGCAGCUUUUAUUCAACGCUCACGGCGCCCAAAUUAUUCAUCAGCGGCCUCUCUAGAGUAACGACAGAUGAAAAGCUUCAGGAGGCAUUUGCAGCAUUUGGAAAUCUUGUCGAAGCAAAAGUUAUUAUAGAUAGGCAGUCUGGCAGAUCAAAGGGGUUUGGCUUUGUGACAUAUGAAACAAUUGAAGAAGCGGAGAAAGCCAGAGAAGGAAUGAAUGCUAAAUUCCUUGAUGGAUGGGUUAUUUUUGUUGACCCUGCGAGGCCAAGGGAGCCGAGGGCCCCACCGCAACAAGGGCAGCAACCUUCGGAAACUGGUUUCAGGACCAAUAAGACCGUUGGAUGGUGUGGUUAAUGCUUUUUGUGUCCAUUGUUCCCAUCCUUGAUUGUGGUUCAGCUCCCCAAAUUUUUUUGGCACCUGAUGCUCUUGGAUUAAUUGAAAACUUGAUCAAACUAAAACCAUUGGCUGGGAUGAGGAUUGUCAGCUCUUCGUGUAUUGACUUUACAUAUUUAUAAAUCAAUUGCUAUUCAA